CUCUCUGUCUCUUGCCAGCAGCACACGUCUCUCGUUCUCUUUCUAAAAUUUCUCUCUGUGCAGAUUUGGAAAUUUGUUGAUUCUUCUCCUGAAACUCUCUCUCUCUCUCUAUAUAUAUACGCGUAUUAUUAAUAGCUGAAUAUAAGCUAGUUUUGAUUGUCUAGGAAUUGAAAAUCGAAUUUUACGGGGUUGAGGAGCUGAGGAAUCUCUUAAUUUCCGCGGAGAAUUUCGAAAGAGUGGAAGAUUUUUGUUAGUUUUCUAUUUGGUCGUUGGGAGAAAAGAAAAAUCUCUUUUCGAAUUUCUCUCGGCGUAUGUAUUUGGAAAUUCUCGGUUCUUCAAUUACCUGGAAAAUUCUACAUGCUGAGGGGCUUUUUCUCAGUUUAAUGCCUCGCCAUUCGCAUAUUGCUUAUUGUUUUGAGCGAUCUGAGUUCAUGUGAUUCAUGAGAUUCCGUGAUUCAUGAAAUGGACAGUUCAGAGACAUAAAUUUCAUCCGUGAAAAUCCCAAUCUUGGAAGUAACUUAAUCAGCAUUUUUAUUAUUUGCACUCUAUAAUUGUUUGGUGGCACGAGAUGGACACCAUGGCAUCCGCAUUCAAUUUCCUUGCGAUGAGAUUGCAAGCAUUGUCCACUUCUGAUCAUACAUCUGUUGUUUCUAUGAAUCUCUUCGUGGCCCUUCUGUGUGCUUGUAUUGUGAUUGGUCAUCUUUUGGAAGAGAAUAGAUGGAUGAAUGAGUCGAUCACCGCCUUGCUGAUUGGCCUUUGCACUGGUGUUGUUAUUUUGCUGAUUAGUGGAGGCAAAAGCUCUCAUCUCUUGGUCUUUAGCGAAGAUCUUUUCUUCAUAUAUCUUCUGCCGCCUAUUAUAUUCAAUGCGGGGUAAGUUUGUCUAAAACUUAAUCGUUUUAAAAACUCAUUAACUGUUGUGCUGUUUGGUGCUGUUGGUACUUUAAUAUCCUGUACGAUUAUAUCAUUAGGUGUAAUUCAGUUCUUCAAAAAACUUGACGUUGGAACAUUUGAUAUCGGAGAUUAUUUGGCAAUCGGUGCUAUAUUUGCUGCAACAGAUUCUGUUUGCACAUUGCAGGUGCUUAAUCAGGAUGAGACACCUUUACUUUACAGUCUAGUAUUUGGAGAAGGUGUUGUAAAUGAUGCUACAUCAGUGGUGCUUUUUAAUGCAAUCCAAAGCUUUGACCUUAGUCAUAUCAAUCCUGAAGUUGCUUUGCAUUUUCUUGGCAACUUCUUCUAUUUAUUUUUCACAAGCACCGUGCUGGGGGUGAUAACUGGGUUGCUAAGUGCAUAUAUUAUCAAAAAGCUUUAUUUUGGAAGGCACUCAACGGAUCGGGAGGUUGCUCUCAUGAUGCUCAUGGCAUAUCUUUCUUACAUGCUUGCUGAAUUAUUCUAUUUAAGUGGCAUUCUCACUGUAUUCUUCUGUGGGAUUGUGAUGUCCCAUUACACCUGGCACAAUGUCACUGAGAGCUCAAGAAUUACUACCAAGCACACUUUUGCAACCUUAUCAUUCGUCGCUGAGAUCUUUAUCUUCCUUUACGUUGGGAUGGAUGCUUUGGACAUUGAGAAGUGGAGAUUUGUCAGUGACAGUCCUGGAACAUCAGUUGCAGUUAGUUCAAUUUUGCUUGCCCUGGUUAUGGCUGGAAGAGCAGCGUUUGUUUUCCCCCUCUCUUUUCUAUCCAACUUAGCUAAGAAAUCUCCAAAUGAUAAAAUUGGCUUUAAGCAGCAAGUUGUGAUAUGGUGGGCUGGUCUCAUGAGAGGUGCUGUUUCUAUGGCACUUGCAUACAACCAGUUUACAAGGGGAGGGCACACUGAGUUACGUGGGAAUGCGAUCAUGAUAAGCAGUACUAUAACAGUCUGUCUUUUUAGCACAGUGGUGUUCGGUUUGUUGACCAAACCUCUUAUUCGCUUCUUGCUUCCUCACCCAAAACACUCAACCAGCAUUGCAUCACCCGAUGCUACCCAAAAACUUACUGUGUCUCUACUCGAUGACGGUGGUCAGGACUCCUUCAUUGAUCUUGGUGGGCAUAUAAACCGUCCGAGCAGUAUCCGUGCUCUUCUUACAACUCCAGCACACACUGUUCAUUACUACUGGCGUAAGUUUGACGACGCUUUCAUGCGUCCUGUGUUUGGUGGCCGGGGUUUUGUUCCCUUCGUUCCCGGCUCACCAACUGAGAGGAGUGUCCCUCAAUGGCAGUGAAUGUCCCUUGGCCAACUGGUUUGUAAAAGAAAAUGUGUUCACAACCAGUUCUUCAAAAGCCAACUCGUCUCCCCAUCCAACAAUCUUUAGUUGUACAAAAAUGUUUUGAGCUUUUGUUUUCUACGUUCCGCUAAGUUUUGUACAUUAAAACAUGUAUAGUUGUUGAAAAAUGAAAAUAAAAAAUUAAAAGUAAUGGUGGAUAUAUAUAAUAUGAGUUUGAGAAUAACUUUUUAUUCAUUUCAAAUUCAUGACAUAUUUUCACCAUUAUUUUUUAAAUAUUAUCUUCAUUUUUCAAGGAACCAUGCAUAUUUUUUUGUACAAAUAUAUAUGAAUAUGAAAAAAUAAAAUUUCAAAAUAGUUUUUCACUACUAAAGAUAGCCAAACGUUCUGAUGAGCGUUUAGGGUUGUGGGGUGAUCGUCGCACGGGUGUUUUGUAUCAUAGCUCGUAAUGGUAUGUGACUGAUUACGAUCAGUGCCUAAAGUAAAAAGAGCUUCUUUCAGCAGACAGUCCCAGCUCUUACUUUCUUAGUUUGAGAGUGAAAACAAGCGAUAUUGUUUAUGUGUGUUAGCAAAUUUGUUAUUCCGCGGUUGUUAAAUUUUGAGAGUGAAGGUGUGCCAAGUUUGAUGUGUAUUAUCGUUACCAAUUCUCACAAGGCUGCUCUGCUCGCUGAGCCUUAACUCGUCCCACGGUUCUUGGUUGGAGGAUUGGUGCCAGAGAUGUAAUAUUGAUAUUGCCAAUAUAGCAUUUUUGUUGGAAUUAA